AUGAGGUCCAAAAGCGAAAAGUUAUAUCUCAAUCAUCAAGACGAUUUCUCCAGUCUGUGCGGACAGGACAUGGACAAUACGUGUGUCCUGCUCCCGACGGGGUCAAGAGGCGAAGGUUUCGCUCGCCUGGGCAGCAUCAAGCAAGCCGAUCAAAGACUGGGCCAAAUCACAAAACUGGGAGGCGGGAGGAAUGCCCGGACUGACUGCUUGCGCCAAGGCCCCGCGGCCCCCGAUGUCUUGGCCGAGCCCAACAGCCACCGGGCUGUGACGGACGGAAGUUGGAGGUCGCAGUGCUGCAUCCUUCGCACUCGCCAGGGACCAGCCGGUGUUCUCAGUUCUGAGUUGGUCAAUCUUAAUAACUACCGCUGUGAGGCUCUGGGGAAUCCGAGGACACGCCACAUGCUUCGAGCAGUAUCCUCUUCCACACACGGACGGGGGAAUUCUGGGAACGCAGGACCGCUUCCCUCGAAACCAGUCACACGCGGUAUUGACGGGGCGAUCUUCGGCCUGUAUCAAGUCUGUUUAUCGGGGCUGUUUGUCUGUCUGGCUGACGGCUUUGUCACUGGCUAG